UCACUAUUUCAGGACUGGAAUUUUGGUAAAAGAUAUCGGAAAGCCAUGGCCUAAUUCGUUGAAAAAGGUUUCUGGAGGGACUGAAAAGCAAUUAUCCUAACCCUAACACCACUCCGUAGAAAUCUAGUACGCGGGCUCAUUACGCUCGCGCUCUCUCUCUCUCUCUCUCUCUCUCUCUCUCUCUCCACGGCCCGCUCGCUCGCUCGCUGCAUCACGCUUUGCUCACAGUGAAUCACUAAUAUGGCUGAAGAAAGUUUUGAUGAACCUGACAUGGGUGGUAUGCCUGAGAACUCAAAUCCUCCAGAUAUACAAUUAUCCAGAAAUGGUUCAGGAGAAGGUGGAGAAAAGAAGUGGCCUGGAUGGCCCGGAGAGAAUGUUUUCAGGAUGUUGGUUCCUGCACAGAAGGUUGGUGGUAUCAUUGGCCGAAAGGGAGAGUACAUCAAGAAAACCUGUGAGGAGACAAAGGCUCGCAUAAAGAUUCUUGAUGGUCCUGGGUCGACAGAAAGAAUUGUGCUGAUUUCUGCCAAGGAAGAACCAGAUGUUCCUAUUCCUCCUGCUAUGGACGGUUUACUGAAGGUUCAUAAACGACUUGUUGAUGGAGACAGUGAUCCGGCUAAUGCUUCAUCUGGCGCUGGGAAUGUUUGCACAAGGCUUCUAGUGGCAGCUACACAAGCUGGAAGCUUGAUUGGGAAGCAGGGGACCACUAUAAAGUCUAUUCAAGAUGCUUCUAGUUGUACAAUCCGAGUUCUUGGAGAAGAAAACCUUCCACCUUUUGCUUUGCCGGACGAUAGUGUUGUUGAAGUACAAGGGGAGCCCGCGGGUGUGCAUAAAGCAAUUGAACUUAUUGCAGCUCACCUCAGGAGAUUUUUGGUUGACCGAAGUGUUGUUUCAGUAUUUGAAAUGCAAAUGCAAAUGCCAAAUGCUCCAGCAAACCAUAACAUACCCCCACAGCAGGCUUGGGAGCCGCCCCCGCGAGGUUUUCCAAUGAACAGUGAUGGAGGACCUGGUUUUAUGCCAAAUCCUCGAUAUAUGCCGCCUCCACAUCAAUUUGACAAUUAUUAUCCACCUGUAGAUCCGUCUUUUGACCAGCAACCUCGUCAAGGUCCACCUCCUUAUGGAAGAGACACAUAUGCAGGAGUUAAUACAACUUAUGCCCCUCCACAACAAUCAGUUGUUACAAAGGUCACCCAGAGCAUGCAAAUUCCUCUAUCAUAUGCAGAUGCCGUAAUUGGGACCUCUGGUGCAAAUAUUAGCUAUAUCCGUCGUGCAAGUGGUGCAAGCAUUGCAAUACAGGAAUCCAGAGGUGUGCCUGAUGAGAUGACGGUGGAAAUAAGUGGAUCUGCAUCACAAGUUCAAACUGCUCAACAACUGAUACAGAAUUACAUUGCUGAAGCUGCUAGUGCCACCCAGAAUACUACUGCUGCACCAAUGGGCCAACAGUACAACUAUCCUAGUCAUGGUCCAGUGUAUGCAUCCCCACCAUCAAACCCUGGUGGUCAUGCAGGCUAUGCUCCUACCGGGGACUAUGCAUCUGUCCAUGGAACGAACUAUGGUUAUUAAGGUUCAAUAUUUGGAUAGUGCUAUAUGCUGCGCUGGGUUCACAUGGGGAAUGAAUUUUCCCUUGGUCUGUAUUGUAUGGAUAACUUUAGGCAGAACAGCGGGACUGAGCCCAAAUUCAAGCCUUUUCUGCCCGCAUGAAUGCUCUCUGCUUGGGUUCCUCCCACAAAUUUGGAGUGUGGUUUUGUUGCUUUGUCAUUUUUCCUUAUUCAUGUUGCUAUCUACAACUGCCCUGCUUUUCUGUAUGGUUGGAUGAAGGGCCAAUUUAUUACGAAGUAUCUCUAAUUAGCAUGAGUGUUUUCUUUA